CCAGCACUUCCUAGUCCCUGGCCAGGUCCCCCAGCCAGGAGCUGGGAUCCUGCUGAGUGCUGUGAGGCCAGAGCCUGGCGCGGGCCUCUACCCUGUCCCUGGACUCGGCACUGGACGCGGAGAACGGGGCGCUGUCCCUCAGGGCCCCCACCCUCAGCCAGGCGGGUACCACGGCAGGGGCUGAGCCACCCUCAUGGAAGGGAGAGGACCAUACCGGAUCUACGACCCUGGGGGCGGCGUGCCUCUGGGAGAGGCGUCCUCAGCUUUUGAGCGCCUAGUGGAGGAGAAUUCCCGACUGAAGGAAAAAAUGCAAGGGAUAAAGAUGUUAGGGGAACUUUUGGAAGAGUCCCAGAUGGAAGCGUCCAGGCUGCGGCAGAAGGCAGAGGAGCUGGUCAAGGACAGUGAGCCACUGCCACCACCAUCUCCCUCUUUGGCCUCCUUCAAUGACCUGGCUGAGCUCACAGGAAAAGACACAGCUAUCCCAGCAACCCCUGCUGACCCGGCACACCCAAGCGACAAGCCAGAGCCAGUCCCCAAACCUCCAUCCAGUAACACCUCCUCUGAAUUUGAAGUGGUCCCCGCCGAGGGACCUUCGUCACCGGAGAGCAGCGGCCACACCAGAAAUACGAUGGAGCUGGGCCCCCUACCCCAGGAGGACAGCACCCUGAUGCUGCACCUGCAGCGCCUGGAGACCACCCUGAGCGUGUGCGCCGAGGAGCCCGACCACAGCCAGCUCUUCACACACCUGGGCCGCAUGGCCCUUGAGUUCAACCGGCUGGCCUCCAAGGUGCACAAGAACGAGCAGCGUACCUCCAUCCUACAGACGCUCUGUGAGCAGCUUCGGAAAGAGAACGAGGCCCUGAAGUCCAAGCUGGAUAAGGGCCUGGAACAGCGGGAUCAGGCUGCUGAGAGGCUGCGGGAGGAAAACCUGGAACUUAGGAAGUUGUUGAUGAGCAGCAGUAAAGACGGUGCCUCUGGGCGGCCAGGCUCACCAAAGAUGGAAGGCGCGGGCAAGAAGGGGGCGGCGGCACUGCAGCAGGCUGGUGUGACGGCAGGUAAAACCCCAGAGGUGGGGGCCCUGGGUGCGGCUGAGAAGAAGGUGAGGAUGCUGGAGCAGCAGCGCACAGAGCUGCUGGAAGUGAACAAGCAAUGGGACCAGCAUUUCCGGUCCAUGAAACAACAGUACGAGCAGAAGAUCACGGAGCUGCGACAGAAGCUGGCAGACCUGCAGAAGCAGGUGACCGACCUGGAGGCCGAGCGGGAGCAGAAGCAGCGCGACUUUGACCGCAAGCUGCUCCUGGCCAAGUCCAAGAUAGAAAUGGAGGAGACCGACAGGGAGCAUUUGACAGCAGAGGCCAAGGAGCUGCGCCAGAAGGUCAAGUAUCUGCAGGACCAGCUGAGCCCACUCACCCGGCAGCGGGAGUACCAGGAAAAGGAGAUCCAGCGGCUCAACAAGGCCCUGGAGGAAGCACUGAGCAUUCAGGCCUCCCCGUCCUCUCCAACAGCAUUCGGGAGCCCAGAAGGAGCUGGAGGCCUGCUAAGGAAACAGGAGCUGCUCACGCAGAACGAAUUGCUGAAACAGCAGGUGAAGAUCUUUGAGGAGGACUUCCAGAGGGAGCGUAGCGACCGGGAGCGCAUGAAUGAAGAGAAGGAAGAGCUGAAGAAGCAGGUGGAGAAACUGCAAGCCCAGGUCACCCUGUCCCACGCCCAGCUAAAAGCCUUCAAAGACGAGGAAAAGGCGAAAGAUGCCCUGAGGCAGCAGAAGAGGAAAGCAAAGACCUCAGCAGACCGCUACCACCUGGAGCCCCACCCGGAACACCUCUGCGGGGCCUGCCCCUAUGCCUACCCGCCCAUGCCCCCCAUUGGGCCGCACCCCGGCUUUGAGGACUGGUCCCAGAUCCGCUACCCCCCACCCCCCACGGCCAUGGAGCACCCGCCCCCACUUCCCAACUCACGCCUCUUCCGUCUGCCAGAAUACACCUGGCGGAUGCCCUUUGGAGGGGUACGUAAUCAGAGCUCCCAAGUGAUGGACUUACCUACGGCCAGGCCUACAGAACCAGAGUCCACCAAAAAUGACCGUGAAGGACCUCAGUGAAACCAGUCCCCUGCUCCACCUUCGUCUCACAGAGCCAGCUGACUUCAGAUUACUGGCAAGCUAGAGGCCACAGGCUCUGUGUGGCCAGAGCUGCAGCCACUCCGGAGGCUGAGAUGGAUGGCCGGCUUGGGCCCUGGCCCCAACCUGGACGGUCUGCAGACUGGAGAGGCUCCAUCCAGAAGGCGUCCAUCUGGGCCUCUCCUUUGGAGUGAUUGGGAAAAGCCUACUAUUGUGCCCCUGAGUGGAGAGAGGUGCCGUCAGCCUGGACCUGCUGUCCUCUGUGGACACUGCUGGCGGAUGCCGAUCUCUAGUCAAGAGACCCCCGUCGGCCGAGGGGCCCCAGCCUGGAGCCACCAGGCCCUCAGCUGGAGCCUUGUGGUGUGGAGGCCUGGACUGGGGUGGUUCUUGAUCCCUGGACAGCUGUUUGCACAAAUCUUGGACAUAAAUCCAAGCUAGAGAUGA